CAACUUAUGCCCAUUCAACAGCGCUCGUUGGAAAUAAGCUGUACUUUUUUGGUGGACUUCACUUAACUGAAUUGGAUGCACUAUCAUACAACUACGUAUUUUAUCUGGACGUGAGUAAAGACUUUAACACAGCAUCCCCACCGUGGACCGACCUUACAAGCACCGCAGCUAUUCCUUAUGGAAGUACUUGGGCAACGGCCUUCACUGGAGGUCCAAAUAGCACCCUAGUAUUCAUCUUUGGAGGCGGAACCAGAGACCCUAUCACAAAUGUUGACGACUACUCGGGGAUGACUUACCAAUUUGACACUAAUUCCCCAAGCUGGAAAAAAUCCAGCCUCACCGGAAACGUGCCGACGAGACGGAGAGAGAUGCAUGCAGUUCGAGAUACUAGUGGGAAAGCCUAUAUUUUUGGAGGUGCCACUGGUAAUUUUACAGGAUCAUCCACAAAUAUAUGGUUUAAUGAUAUGGUCAUUGUCGACACUAUAUCUAUGUCUUAUUCAACGGGGUCGACUUUAAGUGCACCUCCCUCACGAGUUGACUAUGGCGUAGUAAUCUUACCUAGCGGUCUUAUACUGUAUAUUGGGGGAAGGGAAAGUAUGGGAACAAUAACACAAGAGGUCGCCUUAAGUAAUAUCACCACAUAUGAUACAAAAAGUGCGACGUGGAACUAUGUUGUGUCCGCUGGUGGAUCAACUCUAGGAAAUCGCUAUCAACAUUCGUCAGUUUUAACGCCAGAUGGUUUGGUGAUUUGUUAUGGAGGGACAAAUGACAAUGGUGUAGCCGUUACUCCUCAACUUAUCGUAUUGAACACAACUUCAUCUCCAUAUUCAUGGUUUGCGCCAACAGCUAAUGGGACAUCUCCACCCACCCUA